AUGGUGCCGAUGGACGUGAUCAAGAUCGCUGACAGUUUGAAGCACAUAAUGGAUGAAGACGAUCGGAAUCCAGCUGAUCCUUGUGCUUUACCGUUGAUUAAAAGCGGCGUCUUCAAGAAGAUUCUGGAGUGGUGUCUGAUGAGAGAAGGUAAUAGUUUGUAUCUAUUGAUAUUACCCAUCUUUAUUGUCGUAUCUUUCUUUUACUAAUAGAAAAUGGGCUGUAAACUUAUAUCGUCAAUUAAGACAGGGUAGGGUAGACAUAGUUAUUCAUUUUACUAAAGUUCAGCCUAAAAUACGAAUUUCAAAAAAUUUGAAUUCAAAUUUCCCGCCAAAUUGGCAUUGUGUUUAAAAAGCUUAUAUAGGUACAGAAAUCUUUCAAGAUUCGAAAGAAUAUGUCAAAAAGGCCUUGAAACAAUGACAUUUACCUAAAAAAUUCAAAGAUAUAAUUAAAAAAUUUUAAAUUUAAAAAAGUUUUUAAAAAAAUCAAAAUUCAAAUUUCCAGGACUAACCGAGCCAGACUUCGACCCAAAAACCCGGCCUCAAAUCAAACUCUGCCCUCAGGCCCUUUCCAAAGCCGAAGAGAUGUUCUUCGACAUGCCUCCACACGAAAUGGCAGAGUUGUCGCGGGCGGCCGACUACCUUGGCAUCAAAUCUCUACAGCUUUACAUCCACUUCAUCUCACGGUUCUACUGA